AUGAACCCGCCCAAUGCCGACCAGUUCGCCACCAAUGCCGUCAAGGUCGUGAACAAAAACACCAUGGGCGGUCUAGAUUUUGACUGGGAAUACCUGGGAGCUCCUGGUAUUCCGGGCAUUCUGCCUGGCCAGACGUCCGAUGCACUCAAUGAUCUCGUCUUCCUCAAUCACGUCAACUUGACUGAGACCGUAUACGCGCUCGCGAUGACCACCAGGGCCAGUGUCCCAUCCAACAAGAUUCCCGUCGGUAUUCAGUUGUACGGCCGAUCGUUCCGCAUGAUGCAGAGCGGCUACGCUCUCAAUCUCUUGGGCACCAUGGACUGGGCGGAUAACCUGGUAUGCUUCGGAGACGAUGACCAGGAUCCAAAGGACGAUGAUGAUGACGAAUUCCUGCCAGACGCCGGCACGCUGCCAGAGUGCGAUGCUACCUUUCCCGACCUAGACUCCCUCAAUGUUGCUGAUGGCUCCACUCUAAACAGUUUCAAGGCUGUCUACAUGAUGUUCUUACCAGCUCCGCACGGCAGGAACAAUGCAUAUGACAAGGAUUUUAAGAUGUACGCCAAUGUCGCCGCAGAGAGCGCGGGCAAGGUCAUGCGUGGUUCAAUCAACAGGAACGGCAAUGACUAUUUCUCCUGCGUCGUCAGCGAGCUUUCGCUAUGCUGCUUCGGCUGCAAGAGUCAGAACGGAAAAGACGUCGGAGACCCUUGUACCAACUACUUUAGCGGUGACUGUUACAUAACCGAAAUACCAGCUUGCCCGCCAGGCUACUCCAAGCGUGGCUACAUCCUGGACAACAGAUACCAGCACGGCGUCUACCAGACUCUAGACGGCGAUAAAGCCGACAAAUUCUACGCCGACUUGCUCGGCGGAACAGAAAUCCCCAAGGACAGAACCACCAUCGGCAAAUACUUUGAACACAAUAAAUCGAAUUCAUUAAAUGCUCAAAGCCCUAUGGCUGAUAGGCAGCCUCGCCGGUAG